UUGGUUGACAACCGCCAUUAAACUACAGAAGAAGAAGAUUAUGCUAGCAGUUAGCACCGGUUAGCCCUCACCUACCUAUCUUUGAGAAGUAGUUCCUCUAUGUUUGCUUUAUAUGAACUUCGUCUCUCAUCAUGAUCAGAUCAGCAGCGCUGCGCAGGCUAACCUCCCACAUCCUGUGCUGUACCGGAGGAUCAUGUCUGGUCCCAGGUCGGAUAUCUUCCGGGGUGCACCCCCAUUCACCGAGUCACACACCCGUCCUGCAGGUCCUCCAUGGACACCCUACCACACCUCAAACCCUAGGCCUGCUCAGGUAUUCGGACUUAUCCACACAGAAGUACACUAUGAUUUACACCCUGCCACACAUCAAACUCCUCCGAGCCGUGUCCAGACUCAAACUGCUCCAAACGGCGUUCACCGCACUCAUUUUGCCCCCCGUGUUCGCCCUCUACCUCCACGGAGACGCCCCCCUCUUUCUUUUAAGCUACACCACCGGGAUAGCACUGUUCGCAGGUGUCAUGCUCUACACCGCCAGUCACCUUUUCAGGAGGGUUGUCGGGAUGAUGUACCUGGACCCGUCCCAGACCACUCUAAAAGUCAGCCACCUCACUUUCUGGGGCAGGCGCAGUGACAUCAUCGUGCCUGUGUCGGACGUUAUGACCAUCGCCGAUACAGGGGACUCACGCAACGAGGUCAUAUUGAAGCUGAAGAGAUACAGCGAUCCACAGACGUUCUAUUUCUCCACUCAUUAUGGACGUGUGGUGGACAAACAGGGAUUUGAGAAGGUGUUUGGGACUUUAAAAUAAUCUUUAGUGAAAAACUGAAUGGAGAAGGACCUGGUCACCUUCGGUCCUCAGCCUCGGUUGAGGAAUGGCAAGUGGAGCCUCUGCCUGAGGGACUUGGGUUACGUCCGGGCAUGAAAGGAGCGAGGAGAUCAGAUAAAUACUUUGGUACGAGUCCAGAGCGUCGUAAAAGGAUUCUCCUGGAACUCUUUAGAGAUCUGUUCCCUGAGAACCGGCCUCUGCAUGUCCACCUGCAGCUUGGGAGGCAGCCAGGUUGUAAUAGUCAAGCUCGAUGUUCUCCUGGACGGCUGGCUGCUGCCCCCUGGUGGCCUGGAGAGACAUGACAACAUUUAAGUCACAGUGCUACAUUGAGUACAGAUCCUCUCCAACACGUGCACUGACCUUUCUGCUGUAACAGAUAGCCGUCAGAAGCGAUGCUACAGUCAGCAGCAUGCCAACGAGCCUCACCAGGAAGACUUUUGGAGAUGAAACAGAUUCAUCACAUGAAGUCAGAGAAUAUCAGAUUUAAGAAGAAAGAUGAAAGAAUCAGAGAUGUCCUGGAAACAGAUAAUCUCAUGUUUU